AUGGGUGCAGCGUUGAAACCUGAACCAAGCAAUGAUUUUGACUAUUCAUUCAAAAUAAUUGAUAAUGGCUGGAUUUUGUAUGAGGAACAUGAGUACUAUGUCAGUAAUAGAACUACAUCUGCAGAAAGAGCACGAGCAUCGUGCAAGAAGCAUGGUGGAGAUCUUGCUGUCAUUGAAAGUGAAGCUGAAAGAAAGUUUUUGUGGAAAUAUAACAACUAUUAUGGAACUCACUCUGGUGACCUUUACAUUGGUUUAACUGUGGGUCUUGAUGGAGAGUUUGGCUGGUUGGAUCAAACUCCAGUGACCUAUGCGCCCUGGGCACCCGGUGAACCCAACUCUGGAAAUGAUGAUGAAACAUGUGUUGCUAUGAAGGCUAUCACAGGUUUAUGGUAUGAUACAAAUUGUGGUAGUACUAAUAAAUUCAUCUGUGAAAGGCAUAACAGUUCUGUCCACUCAACUGUUGCUCCCACAAUGCCUGUACCUGUUGGGGGCUGUGCUGAUGGCUGGCUUUUUUUAAUAACAAGUGCUUCCAACUGUUUGGUUUUAAUGAAGAAGACAGAAAAAAUUGGUCUGAUGCACGAACCGCUUGUAAAAAACAAGGAGGAAACCUGGCUUCUGUAACAAGCAAAGCUUUUCAAGCAUUCCUCACGGUACAUUUAAAAAGUGCUUCAACUGAUGCUUGGAUUGGACUGAAUGCUAUUCAUUCGGAGAGCAGAU